AUGAGUGGAGGAGAAGGAGGAGAAGAAGAAGAAGAAGGCGGAGGAAACAACGAGAAUAGUACAGGAACCGGAACGGGAACCGCAGCAGCAACAGGAGAAGGUCCCGGAGCUGGAGGCCAGGCGUCGUCGAGCGGUAGCCGGUGCCUGGACUGCGGGAACCAGGCCAAGCGGGACUGCGAGCAUCUACGCUGCAGGACCUGCUGCAAGAGCCGCGGCUUUCAGUGCCCCACUCACGUGAGGAGCACGUGGGUUCCGGUUGCUCGCCGCCGCCCCCGCCUCCUCCACCACCACCACCACCACCACCACCAGCCGCAGCAGCUCAUUCCCCAGCCCGACCACCACCACCACCCCCAUGGCCCAAACCCUAAGCGCUACCGCAACCACAACCCCCCACCUCCGCCCUUAGGGUUAGUUGCAGAAGAAGGUGAAGUGCCGCUGCCGGGCGAGGUAAGCUUUCCGGCAGUUUUCCGAUGCGUCCGCGUGAGUUCGAUCGACAACGUCGUCGACCAGUACGCCUACCAGACCUCCGUCUGCAUCGCCGGCCACGUCUUCACCGGAAUAUUGUACGACCAGGGCCCCGAGGAUCAGCACCACCACCACCACCACCAUCCGCCGGCGGAGCAUGUUCCUGCCGGAGAGUAUGUGACCGGCGGCGGCGGCGGAGGAGGAAUUGGGAUUGGGAUAGGGUUGCUGCACCAGCAAAACCUUGGAGGUACAACUUCGGCAGCCACGGGUACAACCUCGUCUUCAUACCCUAGCCCCUUCUGUGCUUUUAGUGCUACAACUUCACACUUCUUUCAUUACCCAAAUUCUUGA